AUGAGUGCGACGUCGGGCUCCUCGUCAUCAACAACCAAGGCCUCGCGGCUUGAGCGACUUCAAUCGCACAUGCUCACUUCGCUCCUUUCCCUCCAAUCCGUACCUCCUCCAAAUCGAUUGCCAGUGGCCAAGAAUAAGGAGCCGCUGAGCUUGCCAACUACAACGAGGAACUUCCGCGGCUUUGUGCAGAAGAGCGGACCGGUCUUCGCUAUUCAAGAUGCCGUGCACGAGACGUUGAUGUGGGACCACCCCGCGAGGACGCUUUGCGUCAUGGGAAUAUGGGGCAUCAUCGCCCUCUACCCCAACUUGCUCGUGCCCCUCCCCACGUUUCUUCUCUCCCUACUCCUCCUUCAGACGUACCACGCUCGCUACCCGACCUUGGCUGCGAAUGAGGACGACAAGGUCAAGCCUGCAGACGUGGUCGACCACGCUGUAAAGCACCCUACAAGUACGGGACAUGGCAAGCCGAGACCGCCGAUCGUGCCCGAGCCGCCGAAUGAGGGGUCGAUCAAAUAUUACGAGAAUCUGAGGGACAUCCAGAACAUGAUGAAGAUGAUCACCGACAUCUACGAUCUCCUCUCCCCCUUUGCGAUCCACCUCAACUGGUCAACACCGGACCAUACGCUCCGCAUCUUCCAGUCUCUCCUCCUCGUCACCCUUGCCCUCUUCUUGAUCUCCCCCUACCUACCCUACCGACUCAUCCUCCUCGUAGCUGGCGAAGGGGCCCUCAUCGCCAAUCACCCCUGGGUGCAGCCCACCAUCUCCCAGCUCUCCACGCGCUUCUUCUCCCCCUCUCGCAGGGAAGGCCGAGCGCUGAGGUCAAGUCAGAGGAAGAUGAUGGCCCAGAUGCACGAGUGGAUGCGAAUGGACUCCCUCCCCGAUGAGGUGUGGGAGAGGGGAUGGAGGGAUAUCGAGGUCUACGAGAAUGAGAGACACAGUGAUGAUGCCGCUACGGCUAGGGCGGCGGAUCGCCAUGGGUUGGGACAUGCGGGCAAGUGGAGUGGGCAUGCGUUGAGAUUUGGAGAGAGAAAGCCCUGGACUAGAGGGGCAGACGGCUUUGCAGAUGCCACGGGCGAGGAGCUGGGCGAAGGAUACACCCUUGACGUGAGCAGACGUAUAGCCAUGUCCCUUCCCACCGGCUGGAAAUGGGUAGAAGGCGACGAGUGGCGUAUCGACUUUGUCGGUCGCUGGACGAGCGCUGCGGCCGGUGGAGUCGAGCUCGAUGUGGAUGAGGAGGGGUGGCUCUACACGGAUGCAGACUGGCAUAAUCCGGCUGGCUACGCGUACGGGCAUGAGGGGCAGCCCAGCGCACCGCCCAAGAUUGAGCACGAGGAUGACGAGGCAGAGGAUGAUGAGAAGGCAGAGGUAGCGACUAUCAUGUCGUCCAAAGGAGGAAAGAAGAGUGGGACAUCCGGCACACGGUGCGCUGAGACGAGACGGAGGAGAUGGCUCAGGCGAGCGAUGCGCGUUGUAGGGGACGAAGACCUGCCUGCACAACGCGUCUAG